AUGACAGCUCCCAGCUCGUCAACUUCCACAAACAACAGUACUUGUAGUACCAGUACAACAACUAGCAGUAUGGUGACUCGUAAGGUUCAAGUAAGCCGCAGUGGGUUUCUGCAAGAAGCAGAGGAAGAAGAAGAGUUUGCGGAUUUGGAGGCUUUGGCUCUGGAUGAAGCAGAGUCUGAUCUGGAAGUGGAAAGGAAGGAGAGGAUGAAUACUACUGCAUGUGAUGCUAAUAGUGAUGUGACCUUGGAAGAAGAGAAUCUGCUGUUGAAGGAACAAGUGGAGGAGAUGAAACGGCAAUUGGAAUACUGGAAGUUGAAGGCUACGAGUGCCGGUAUGGGCAGUGGUGGUACUGGUACUGCCAGUGUAGUGGCCACAUCAUCCAACAAUUCAUUCUUUGAAGGCCUCAAGCACAUUAGUUUCUCUCCUGCUACUCCAGCUACUCCAGUCAGUAGCAGUGCAGUGGAGAUGCAGUAUGAUUCUCGCAUGGGAUUGCAUCAAAGAAGAUCCAUUCCCAAAGAAAAAGAAGGAUAUUUUGACAAUUGGAAUAUUUCUUCUCCUUUCAAGUUCACCACUUCUUCUACCUAUCCUGAGGAUGAGGAUGACCAAGAAGGAGUUUCUCUGGUCACUGCUACCAACAAGUCUCAUGCCAGUGACAGAGAUGAGGAAGAAGAUGAAGAUGAUGAUGAAUCUCAUCAUCAUUUACAUGCUUCCCCCAACAGCCCAACACAUGCUUCACCUAGUGCAGAUGAAGAUGAUAAUGGAGAACCAAAUUCACUGGUAGAUAGAGGAGCUUGGCUGGUAGGAUUGUUGGUACUACAGUCUUUCUCCUCAUUCAUUAUCAAAAACAAUGAAGCCAUGUUACACAGACAUGCCGUCAUUGUCAGAUUCCUCACCAUGCUGGUUGGAGCAGGAGGAAAUGCUGGCAAUCAAGCUUCAGUCAGAGUGAUUCGAGGAUUGGCCACGGGCAAGGUGGACAUUCAUCACAACAUGCGAGGAUAUCUAGUACAAGAACUACGAGCCGGAUUCUUUCUAUCCGUCGUAUUGGGGGUCGCCGGAGCCAUACGAGCCGCCGUUUUCUUCACACCUCUGGCCGAAACAUUCGCCAUUACCGCGUCACUCGUCAUGAUUGUCGGAAUAUCCAUAUUUCUAGGAACCAUUCUACCACUAUUCAUGAAAAUGAUACACAUCGAUCCCGCACAUUCAUCGACGACCAUUCAAGUACUCAUGGAUAUUUUGGGAGUCGCAAUCACCGUUUACGUAUCCUCCAUUGUGCUGGACACGAAAGUGUUCGAAUUUCUCAAACCACUACCCACACAAUCCGCAAAGGAUGACUAA